AUGAAGUUCUUCACCCCUCUCGUCUUCUCUGCCCUCUUCGCCUGCUCGGCCGUACCCGGUCCGGUCGAGGCGCAGCAGGGGAAGACGGUUCGAAGCCGCCAUUACUCGACCUACGGCACCUUUUCGAUCCAGCUGUUCGGCCAGUACAAGAGCUUCCGUUUCGACGACGACGACAACGACCGCAACAAUGCCUGGUCGCUGGCCGUGCGCCAGGGCAACGGUUGGCACAACAUCCUUCAAGGAUUUGGUACCGGCUCCACUGCGUAUGCCACGGACAAACCCCAGCUCGUCGCCGCCUGGAACGACCUCAACUCGAACAACCUGAACCCGUCCAAGUACAAGAUCAUCCUCCAGAUCAACACCGCAGGCCAGGAUGCCCGGUUCGUCGAUCUCCCCCUCGACAGGGCGCUGACCCCAGCCUAA